AUGGGCCAGGUGACUUCUGUCUGUGAACGCCGACACAGCCGGCGACUCCUUCCAAUUGAGGAAACUUGCGGCAGCUUUGCCGUUAGCCGGACAAGUGGUGGUCACAGCAUCCUUGACUCGGAGAGAUUUGAGCAGAGCCUGUGCAAUGUGCUCGUUCAACACGGGCUCCGGGUCAGGAGCAACAUUUACUACAACGAGAGUCUGGAGAUACUCGAAGACUCGACAGCUUUGCACGAUGCGCACAUUUUCGUUCUCCAGGUCCAGCGGCAAGGUCUCAAACAUGUGGAAGGGGUGCGCGAGAAGUGGAACGUGCACAAAGGUGCUUUGGACAACGCCAGGCUGAGAGCAUAUAGCAGGGCUGUGGACAGAUGGUUCAAUGGCGACAAAGAGAACCCACCCCCAGCACUGGGGUUGACAGGGGAAGUCCUUUAUGAGGUGGACAUGAAGUCAGAGCCAGCAGGGCCAGCCGUGGAACACGACCUUCCUGAAGUAGCAGUCCGUCUGGGUGGGAAUCAAGUCAUCACGCUUCAGCGCUUCAUCCAGGAAAGGCUUCAUACGCCUGCCCUGAUUGAAAUUGCUAUAGAAGCUGUUUUGUCGGACAGAAAGAAGCGACAGAUCAAAAAACAAUGUGAGCUUGCAAAACAUCUGGGGUGCACACCAGUCCUUUUCUUCAACGGAAUGGAGGAACAGAAGAAAGCGGAGAAGCUGCAGGUGGCACUGCAACAGCUUCAAGGCAGUGCCCCAGCGCAACCGACAGUCAUUUGGGCCUGUCAACUUCGCAAGGACGACGACUUCGAUGAAGCCUUCAUGUUCAUAUGCAAGUGCUUCUGUCCACGUGACGGGUCUACGAUUGAGGUCGUCGGCAGUGCCUUUAAAGUCAGAGGGGCCAUUGCAGAUGCGGCGGUGGAUGACCUCAAGAAGGCAAUCAAAGCGGAGAAGCCAAACCGAGUCAUGUGCGACGCAGAUGAAAUUGACAUAGAGCUUUUUACGUCAAACUCUCCCACCUGGCCCUCCCUGUGCCGCGUCUCAGCUUGA